AUCAGAGGAGGUGAGGAGUUCAUUUAGCUGUAGCUUUGAAAGACUGCAGACUGAAACGGGUGUUACCAGUCUGAAACACAAGAAUGCAUACUACCAUGAUCCUUCUGGGUAUCUUGUUUGGCUUGCUGACCCAGGCGUACACUCUACCUGUUAAGAAUUCUACCGGAGUACAUGAGGGGAAAGUAAGGUUGAAAAGGAAAUAUUCUGAUGAAAUUACAGACCGUGAUGAAAUGAACACAAUGGAUCAAAUCCUGUUAGUCAAUAGGAGGUUGCGAUCCCCCAGAGGACUGUCAUUCAGAGAGGGAGAUAUUGCCACCUCAUACGUACGGAGUGCCAUAACCUGCCCUGGCAACGCCUGUCUGUGGCCUAAAUCAAUUGAUGGAUUUGUUUACGUGCCCUUCAUCCUCUCUCCACUAUAUGACGACAUGGACAGAAUCACCAUUGAAAAUGGGAUGCAGGACAUUUCCUCAGGAACAUGUAUUAAAUUUGUUCCUCGCACGCAUGAAGGCAACUUCCUUGACAUCCAGCCUAGAUAUGGUUGUUGGUCGUUUCUGGGGCAGACUGGAGGAAGCCAGACCCUGUCGCUGCAGACUCCUGGGUGCAUGUGGUCAGGAGUGGCUGCCCAUGAGUUCAUGCACGCCCUCGGCUUUGUACACGAGCAGUCUCGCUCAGACCGAGACCACUAUGUCUCGAUUGUGUGGAAAAACAUCAUUCCAGAACAAAUGCAUAACUUCAGGAAACAGGUGACAAACAAUCUCAACAGUCCAUAUGACUACAGCUCUGUGAUGCAUUAUGGAAGAUACGCCUUCUCUGAGGAUGGUGGACCAACAAUAAUCCCCAAACCAGAUCCGUACAUUCCCAUUGGCCAGCGAGAUGGGCCCAGUAUGCUAGACCUUCAUAAAAUAAAUGUCCUUUAUAACUGUGGUGCCAACGAGUAACUGGAAUCCAGGGUGUUACACUCAUUUUCACACAUGUUCUGUUAAAAUCUCAUCGUGUCAGAUGUGGAAAAUGGUUCAUUAUAACUUCUGGUAUAACUUUAUAGCAAUACCCUUUUCCUCUAUUAGUAUUUUUAAUUAUUAUCACAAGUUCUAGUCUGCACUUUUAGAUUGUGUUCAGUCAGUUCUGAGUACAAUCUGCAAUUAAAAGUGUGAUACGGUGCAAAUAAAAGGAUAAGUAAGAACUGAAAGCUGCAUUUCUCUCUAAUAUAACUACUAUGAGCACUGCGAUACAUAUUUACAUGCCUGCCACUGCCAUUAUCGAAAUCAGUUUGUUCCAUUUUCUGCCUCCUUCUCGGCUUCUGCUCACUUCAAAUAAAGAAAAUGCAACAGUAA